GUCGGGUGGUGCACUUCCUGGUUGGUUACUCGGUGCUUCAUGCAUGUUGUACUCUAGUUGAUUUGAGAAUAUCGAUUUAUUUUCUCCGAGGAAUGAUACAUUCCCUCCUGCGACGUGACUGGAUCGGUCGGAUUCGUCUAGCACUCACUCUGUUCGGACUCCCGUACACCGUCUGCACCCCCAGGCCUUCCAUCUCUUGCUCGUAUUCUCACAAUUUCAGGACCAGUCAGACAUUGGGACCAAUAAGUACCAGUUUCUGUAACCUUUACACGACUGGUGUCCAGACAAUGUCGUCUUCAUCAGCGCCCCACGUCAAGUCCAGAUACCCCCAGUAUCCAGGGUCCAAAAUCAACCGCUUCCUCGUGCCUGAUGACAAGGUGGGCUGGAGUCAGAACUGGCCGCAGUAUAAACCCCUCAGCUACACCGACCCUUUAGUGGAAAAGAAGCCAGUAUGGGCCGAUCCUGAGAUUGGCUCUUUCUCUCCUAAGUUCAACACUGUGGACGGUGCUGUGGACAGGACAAGCUUUGAGGGCAGCUACAAAAUGGAAAAGCAAAAGCCACUAAAUCCCUGUGGACGCACAGGGGUGACAGGCAGAGGAUUGCUGGGACGAUGGGGACCCAAUCAUGCUGCAGAUCCCAUUGUCACAAGAUGGAAAGUAGAUGCCAAAGGAGGAAAGACACUUCACUCAGUGUCAAAGCGACCUGUCCUGCAGUUUGUGUCCAUCAAGAGGAAAGACUGCGGGGAGUGGGCCAUUCCUGGGGGGAUGGUAGACGCCGGGGAGCAGGUCUCUAUCACGCUGCAGAGAGAGUUCUCAGAAGAAGCUUUGAAUUCAUUGGUCAUCACACCAGCAGAGAAAGCAAAAAUCCGUGAUCGCAUCUCCAAACUCUUCAAAUCACCAGGGUUUCAGGUUUAUAAAGGCUAUGUAGAUGAUCCUAGAAACACUGACAAUGCUUGGAUUGAGACAGUUGCUGUUAACUUCCAUGAUGACUCAGGCAACAGUGUGAGCGAGCUGCUGCUGCAAGCUGGUGAUGACGCAGGAGAAGUCCAGUGGGUUGAUGUUGACUCGUCCUUCCCGCUCUACGCAAGUCAUUCCCAUUUCCUGGAGCUGGUUGCCAAAGAGAGGAAAGCUCACUGGUAACCAAGGACGACGGACUCUACUCUGACACCACGAUGAAGCAAAAAAACGUUAUAUGCAUCUCUAGUUUGACAUUCAUAUGUAUGCCCACUAAUGAAUGAUACAUUGUGACUGCAGAAUCUAUUAAAUGAAUGAAACAAACAGGUUAAA